ACGGACGCGAGAGGAGUAAAAAAAGAGCGAAGAUGGCUACUGCAAGUGGCGCGGCAGGGGGCGGUUCAUCGGCGCCGAAGAUAGUGUGGAACGAAGCCAAGUAUAGAUUCGAGUCAGACGACCAGAAAGCCUACAUAGACUACGUUCUCAGAGAGAAGGGCAAAGUGAUGGACUUGGUUCACACUUAUGUCCCAUCCUCCAAGAGAGGCUUGGGCUUGGCCUCCCAUCUCUGCGUUGCUGCCUUCAACCACGCCAAAGCCAACUCCAUGUCUGUCAUCCCCACCUGCUCUUACGUCUCUGAAACCUUUCUCCCAAAGAACCCCUCUUGGAAGUCUCAGCUGUACUCCCCUGAGACCAAGUCUAGUAUAUAGAGUUCUAAACAACUUGGGUGUAAUAAACGACCGUACUUUUAGUUCGAAAUGCUUGUAAGCUCGGCCAGGGAAAACGUUAUCCUGCUCUUCCUUCUUAAAUGUAUGCUUGUUCAAGGCAACCGAAAUAAAACUUAUUAGAUCAUGGUUUUCGAA